AUGGCGGACGUGACAACAGUGCCUUUUUCAGGAAGUUCUGCAGAAACUAUCGAGAAGGCAAAGGCUUUCUGGAAGUGUAUAGACCCUCCUCCGGAACAGAAGUCUACAUUAGCCGUCAGUGGAAUAAACCACCGCCUAAAAACUGCCCCUCAAGCUGGAGACGGUUCGUUAAAACACUGUUUUAAAACAUCAGUCUGGAAUUAAACAGCUUACCUCUCGUAAAAUAUCUUGUAUUACGCUCAAUUGCAAAUUGGCGGCCCUGCCGCUUUCUAGAAGCAUGGGAAAUAAACGCUUGCAAUCGAGACGAUGGCAUUCAUCUGCCAAGCGAGUAUUUGACAAAAGUGCUGAAGGAUAAGGUCUAAUUAACUAAACAACUGUUAAUAGUGUAUUUUGAUCGUCCGGGUGAGUGUAGUCCUGAGUCCGUGAAGGACUUGUUGUGUGUAAUGGUGACUGACGUUUCGACAACCUGAGCGGAAGUCAUAGUCAGAGUCAAGUGAAAGGUUGCUGUCAGUCGAAUGAUCUUCAUCUGAAACUGUAUGACUACACUCACCCGGACGAUCAAACUACACUAUUACAUGUUACUCCCGAGUUCAAACCAUUUACUGUAAACAACUGUUGGUACUAUACAAAUAUCCUGCAUUUCUGAUCUUUUCUCAUCUUUUUAGAACUUUCUCACUUGUGCAACGAUUUUUUAUAGUUGUGAGUUUGUAUUGUAUUCGUGCUCUUCUCAAUCAACUACUGAAAAUGUAUCGUUACGGCAGCUUUUUACGCACAUUCACUGGGUUACUUUGAAUGCUUUUUGGGAUGCUUCUGUUGGUUUUUCGUUGAUGUUUUGUUCUAUGACACUUUAUUCACUUAACCCUUUAACUCCUAAGAUCUAGUUUUUAAUUCUCUCCUGUUCCCAAUAAAUUAGUAAUGAGAAUUUGGUGUUGGAUCAAGAUAUCUUCUACCUGAUAAGUUUGAGUAUUCUCAUAACCUGUUUGCUGGAUGAUGUAUGGAAAUUAUAGGGGGAAGUUACGUGCUGAUCACUUCUUGGAAGUGGGUUCAACUUCAACCUAAUGUUGGGUUAUGGAAAUUUGAAUUGAUCCCUUUGCAGGCAAGAGAUUAGUUGGUACCCAUCAGACACUCACAACUUCACUUGAAAUGGAAAAUGAUCCAAGUAAGUGAAUUUCAGCUUAACUCAUAACUUCUUUUGUCAGUUGAGGAUCUAAAUUCUCAGACUUAAAUUUUAAAAAAAACCUUCUCUUGAACUUUCUAAGUUGAAUAAGCUAAUCAUCAUGUCUUUAGGACUCGCAACAUAUUUGGAGGAUGCCCAGAAAAGGAAAGAACAGGAACAAGCCGACUAUGUGCAAAAAAUAGUGAGAUGAUUUUUGCAAUUGUGGUGGUAUUUUACAGCUUAGAUAGAUAAUUUUGUUGAAAAAUACUAUUAAUAACUUCCACAAUUUACCUUGAACUGUUGGGUGUUUUAGAUCUGUGUGGCCUGCUGCUUUUUGUGUUGUUUCCUGUGUUUUUUUAGAAAGUUGAAAUCUUGAUGAUUUAUCGUCAUUGUUUUGGGCCCUUAGGCUGCUUGGUUUACAGCUGUUUUGUAUUGGUGAUGACAUGAUCCCAAGUGAAAUUUGGUAUUAAUAAGCACAAGUAAAUUUUUCAAAGACAACAAAAUUGCACAACCCUUAGAGUGAGUGCAAUUUGCAGUCUUUGAAAUAUUUAAAAGACUAGUGCGUACUACACCAAAAUGUAAGGGAAAUUAUAUUAUUACUUAUUAAUGAUAUAAUUUGCACUCAUGUUACAACUUUGUACUUGUGUUACAUCAGAAUACGCUAGUUUUACACCAAUCAGAAGUGCAUAAUUUUUUCAUGUACAUUAUUACCUCAAAAAUUGUAUUUGUUUGUAAGUGGCAGUACAGAUGGUGGAAUACACAUGUCAGAUUAGUUUGUGAAUCAAAGAUGCAGGUUGAUGACACUCAAAUAUAAAGCAAAAGUGACUUAAGUUUUUGUCUGGUUCAUCUUCACUCUGGGUACAUCUACAAGGAAUAGUUUCCCCUUGCUGGUACUCCUCAUUACUCUCGUCAAUUGCCUAAUUCUCUCUGUCUACUCCCCUCAUCCCCAUAUGCUGACCUUUACACACCUUGGCACUUUGCUUGGGUAGCCCAUGUCAUGUUAUAAAGUCCUGGACUUUAGUUUUUCUCUGUCUUGAUCUAGAUAUAGAUAAUUAAUUCACUAAUAAUGAACAUGAAAAAAUUAAACGCAUUUUUCAUGUAACACAAGUGCAAAGUUGUAACACGAAUGCAAAGUUGUAACACAAGUGGAAAGUACAAAUAGCACAUGGGUGCCAUCAAAAUUUCAUUCAUCUUCGUUUUCUGUGAUGCAUUUUUCAUGUAAAUUAUUAACAAGUAACAACGAUACGGUAUAAUAAGCACUAGUAAGCACUUUUCCAGUAAAUAUUUCAAAGACUAUGAAUUGUACUUGCCUUAUGGAUGUGUGCAAUUCUAUUGUCUUUGAAAAAUUUAUUCAUGCUUAGUAACACCAAAUUGCAUUCAAAGUCAUGAUUUUACCUAUACAAACAGGCCAGUAUGGUCAGAUAAGAUCCUUAGGUGUGGCAAUAUCAGGAUUAUAGCUAACCACUGGCUAACCAGGUUGUAUUGCAGUCAUGUAAUAAUUGCCUAAUACAUUUAUGUUGUAUUAUAGACAAACAUCCCAUGGUAACAGCAUGAAAGUUAGCCAGUAGAUUUAGCAGGUCAUGUCUAAACUGAUUUUAAUUUUGAAGUGUCUUUGCAUCUUGCAGACUUCAUUUAGAGAAGAAGCUCAACAAACACUGGCCAAAAGAAAGGUGGAGAGAUUAAAGGUGAGGUGACCCUUUUUGCCAUUGGAUGUGCAAAGCAAAUAGCAUCUAAUUUCUUCAGUCUUACAAUAUCACUCUGAAUCACAAAUCAAGGCCAAGAGAAAAGAGGAAAAGAAGCUUCUGAUUGUUAAACAAAUUCUCCUUGUCAGCACCUUAAGAAAUUUUUAGAGAAGAGUAUGGAGGAUAUUGAUACUGAUGUUAGGGUGUAAUGGGUUUAAGAUGGAGGACUGAUUGAGAAUCCGUGAACUCCCAAGAUCUUGUUAGUAAUUCUCCUUACUGUCUGCCAUACAGUUCUUGUGAUGUUAGUUUGGAGAAUUUGGUAUUGGAUCAAUCUAUAAUCCCCUAAUUGGUAUUUUUCUGUAUUCUCAUCACUUGUCUGCUUGAUAUUGAUAUUUGAAAGAGGAAUUCUGUCUUGGUCACUCACGAGAGUUAAAGGAUUGGGGAGGACUUUUGUGGGGAUGCCAGCUAAGUUUGCACCAGAUGUAUUGCAGAAUAGCUCAGUAAUCAGAAUUGCAACCUUUAGAGGUUGACCUGACCAUAAAAAGAUAAUAUUCUGCAUAGUACUACCCAUGAAUUCACUUCAGGUUUACUUUGAUUUGAGGUAUAACUGUUCUUGCUUAAGAUGAGUUUCCCUUUUAUUUCUUUGUCAAAGUAUUGUUCAUGUAAUAUAGCAUCCUAACACAUUGUGGAUGAUACCCAAAACGUUUUGGAAAAAUUGAGGCAAUCAUGGUGAUAAAGAAGUUUAAAUCAGCAAUCACUUACUUCAAUGUCAUGAUCUCUUCCUUCUCACCUGAGCUCCCUUUAGUGAGAAGGCAAAUGAAGGGGGUGGGGUGGGUGCAAGGAAAGAAUAGAGACCCAUUCCUAGCUGGAACCAGGCUGAAAUUCUGAAAUAUUGUGAUUUUGAGCAUCAAUCAUGAUUCAAGAAAAUAAAGAAGGGAGCUGGUUGCAAUUCAAUGCUAUAUUACCUGAAACACAGACUUUUGGUUUUUUCAUGGAAAUGAAAAGCAAUUUUUGAACCUUAAUUAAAACUUUUAGGCUUUAAUUGUGGAAGCAGGGAUGGUGCAGUGGUGAGAGUGCUUCCUUUCCGCCCCUCCCACCACUGUGAACUGGGUUCAGAUCCUGGACCUGGUGUCACAUGUGGAUUGAGUUUGUUAUUAGCUCUCAUCCUUGCUUCAAGUGGUUUUCUGUGGGUCCUCCUGUUUUCCUCCCUCAGCAAAAAACCAACAUUCUAAAUUCCAACUCAACCUGGCAAAAGUGGACAGGAAGAGCCACCCCACGGAUUGUCCACUGCUAAUAUCCGGUUAUUUUUUUUUUGAGUGUGUGUUUGUGUACUGCCAUCCAUGCAGGCUUUGUCAUGUUUGGGACCAGUCACUAUUUAUAUUGUCUAGGGAGGGGGUGGGAGGAUUCUUGUUGUAUCACCCUGAAAUUAACCUUGUGCCUCCCCCUCCAAAGCUUUGAAGUAUUUUAAUGAUCCCCUCCAUUGGCAGGCAAUUUUCUGUAGCCCCCCCUUUGUACCUUGUUAGCAAUGACUGUUUCUCCCCCCUGUUACCCUGAAAACCAUGUGAUCCCCCCUUCAUUCUUUCUCUCUACACCCCCUCCCCGUGAUAAAUAAUGAUAGAUGCUUUACUUUUAAUUUCCCCCUGAGCAGAAAGAAGCAAUCUCACAUCGUCAGCCCAAAGAAUAUGUCUUCAACAUCUCGUAAGUGGGAAACUCUCUUUGUUUUUUCCUGUUUUUUUUUUUUCUUUUUUACUGUGUAGUCUUGAUGCCAUUUCUUCCAAAUUUUGGUAUGUAUUUAUAGAGAGUCCAGUGAAGAAGAUGACGAAGCCGUGGAAGCCAUGGCAGAAAUUGAUAAGUUUGAGGAUAGUCUUAAACAGAAGGAAAUUAUAAAACCAGAGUAG